AUGUCACGCAUUCGCUGGCUCUGGAAAGUGCUCCGGGUAUUUCGGUUUGUUUUCCAUUCCUUGGGUUUGCUGCAGCUCCGUUUCAGCAGAUCUCAGCGCGUGUAUACGCACAGAUACAAUUGCUACAGAUACAUUCCAUGUAUCUUUGUGGUGUGCAUCUUUUUGCUGCAUCAAGUGGCCCGCAAUCGUUUGGAAGUGGAAAAUGCAAUGAUGAAUACCCUGGAAAUUGAGUCGCGACCCCCCGCAGAUACUUUCCGCAUUAGAUGCGAGUACCUGCGGAGUUCAGUGUAUGUCGUGGCCAUGAUAGCGUCUUUGAUUCGACAUAAAUCCCUCUGGCAUUUGGUCAAUCAAUCACAAAUGGCCUACAAACAAAUGAAAGCCCUGCUGGGCAGACACUUGGCCCUGGAAUGCUCCUGCAGGCCUCUCAUCUAUGCAGGAAUUCUGCUUUUCCUGCUUCUCCUCAUGGGCUACAAAAUGUUCUGGCUGGAAUUUCCUCCAAUUGAAGAUGUCCAACGAAAGAUUUACACUGCCAAAGAUAUCUACAACAUUUCCAACUAUCUAAUGGGCAUCCCUCGACUCAUCUUCAUGCUGUUGAUAGCCCUGCACAUCGUGUUUCAUCUGUUAAAUGCAGGAUGGCUGCAAUCUUUGCAAAAUCUACGUCUAAACCGGAAUCUGAAAUGCUUUCAGCUGCUCCUGAGGAUGAUAUUUCCCAUACAGAAGAGAGUCAAUCUCUUGGCGGGCUUCUACUUUCGAGUGUCGUAUGAUUGCUUUGUGUUUCUGAUUGCCAUUCGCAUUGUGGAGUUUUCGCGUAUUUUGCACUUCGAUUCGAAUGAGUUGCUGCAGCAGCAAAAGAGUCGCGAUGAUCUGGAGGAUGAAGCGGCAUGGAAUGGCAAGAAUUUGGAAGAUCUCCCAUGCCCAAAGGAGCUGCUAAAGGAGUCCAUCUAUCUGUUAUCCUGGCAUUUGGCCUUGUGGCUGCUUCUCCUGGCUGCCGCACAGCUACAGCAGUGCGAAUAUCAAUCAUUGAUUGAGCAUUGCUGGCACAUCAAGUUCGAGGAAAAGAUCAAAAGCAACUCUAAUCAAGGGAAAACUGAAAUGGCAUCUCAGUUCGAUAUCAUUGAUAUACUGUUCCAUUCACAAAUCAACAUUUUGGAUCAUCAGCGAAUUUCCAUUUGCUUCCUCUCUGGAAAGCUAAGAAAGCGGACCUCUUUUCUCACUUUAAAUACCAUUUUGGUGCACUUUAAAUUGCUGCUUAACGUCGUGAUUUUCAUGGCCAUCGUUUACCUUAUCCAGCAGGGCGAAAUAGCAGAACUACAAUCAUACCUCUGGCAAAAGGAACACACGAAUAAUCGGGAGACAAAUUAA